AUGCCAACUAGCAGUGUGUGUGAUGGGAUUAUGACAACAAGAACAUCAGAUGUCCUCAGGCAACCAACACGACCAGCAGGCAUGGAUUUCAGCGGCACUUGGAAAAUUUAUUCAGAGGAGAACCUUGAUGAGUUCUUAAAAGUUGUAGGUGUACCUGAAAUGGUUAUCAAAAUGCGAAAGGAAGUCAAACCGGUGUGGGUGAUUGAGCAGAAUGGACAAGACUUCACGUGCACAAUGAAGACUCCCAUGUGCAGCCAUGUUAACUCAUUCACCAUCGGAAAGGAGUCUGAGAUUACUACUGUGGAUGGCAGGAAGUUUAAGUGCAUGAUCAGAGAGGAGAACGGGAAGCUGAUAUCUGAGACAGAAAAGUUCACCUCUGUCCGGGAGAUCCAAGGGGACGAGAUGAUUGAGACCAUCACUUCUGGUCCUGUCACUUUCAUCAGCAGAAGCAAAAGAGUCUAAUCCACACCUGUACGCUGAUGGAUCUCUUUUUGACCUUCUCAUCUUCAAGUGGGAAAUAAGUGGAAAUAACACAAUGGAAUAAAACUAAAAAAUACAUUUAUGAAUAAAUUUAAAUGAU